AUGGAGGCAAGUGACAUACCCUCUGUGAAGCCAAGGUUCUCAACCCCUACCGAUAGUGCCCCUGAUACUUUGCAGCAGUUACGUGAUAUUAUAGGAGAGAUAGAUAGCCAUCCUUUCCGGUUACCCUAUCGUCGUGUUCCCCCAGGGCAGUAUCAGAAGUUAAGGGAGGUCCUGUCUGAAAUGGAAGAGAAAGACAUCAUUCGGAAGUCUUCUAAUAGCCAUCCUUUCCGGUUACCCUAUCGUCGUGUUCCCCCAGGGCAGUAUCAGAAGUUAAGGGAGGUCCUGUCUGAAAUGGAAGAGAAAGACAUCAUUCGGAAGUCUUCUAGUGAGUGGGCUUCCCCUCUCGUUCUUGUUUGGAAAAAGAAUGGUGACUUGCGUGUCUGUGUUGACUACCGGUGGUUGAAUGCCGCACAGAACAAGCCCGCUACCAUGCGUGGUAUUCUGUCUGUUGUUAGCUCAGUUUAUGAUCCACUUGGUUUUCUAGCGCCUGCCCUACUGCCAGCAAAACUUAUUCUAAGAGACUUAUGCAAAGAGAAAUUUGGGUGGGAUGAACAAGUAGAAGUCAAACACAUUCAGAAAUGGAAAAAAUGGAUGGAUGAUUUGCAGUUACUUGUAGACUAUAAAGUGAACAGAUGCUUCAAACCUACCGGAUUUGGAACCAUAAAAACAGCACAAAUGCACCAUUUUGCAGAUGCUAGUGAAGAUGGAUAUGGCACUGUCACCUACCUUGUCUUAACCAACGAAGAGGGUAAAAAGCAUUGUUCAUUCCUGAUGGCCAAGUCAAGAGUUGCACCAUUGAAACAGGUCACGAUUCCAAGAUUGGAGCUGACAGCAACCGUUGUGGCAAUUAAAAUGGACAAAAUGCUUAAAGGUGAGUUUCAAAUGCCCUUAGAAGAAUCUACAUUUUGGACUGACAGCACCACGGUGCUAAAAUACAUUUCAAGUGAAAGCACUCGGUUCAAGACCUUUGUUGCCAACAGAAUCUCCGUGAUCAGAGAUCAUUCACAGCCUUCUCAGUGGAGGUAUGUCACAUCUGCCCUUAACCCGGCUGAUCAAGCAUCCAGA